CACACACACACACACACACUCGCACGCACACACACACACACACUCGCGCGCACACGCUUUGGGCUCGGCGCAUCUUCAUCUGCGCAGUCCUGCCAUGUCGCUUUAUCCUCAUCCUCUCUGCACACUGGACAUGAUGAAAUCAGAACAUUGAACUGAUGAUCAACAGGACCAAACUCUCUGCGGAAACUGCAUCGGCAUAAUGAACUUUGCACCCCUUCUUCCACUUUACCUGAUCCUGCACAACAUAAGAGAUGUGUUAACAGGGCAGUGCUGGCAGGGGCCAACGUAUUCUGAGACGGUAGUGUCUCCCGAGCUGAGGAGCAGCAGCAUCCUGAGGGUUCCUGAGGUGUUGACUCUGGCCCAGUGUGUAGGUGCCUGCUGUGAUCUUCCAGGCUGCGACCUGGCCUGGUUCUUUGAGAGACGCUGCUACAUCCUCAGCUGCCAGCAAAAACAAAACUGUCAGCCCAAAAAGAGGCCCGGGACAGACUCACGGUUGGCCUUUCUACAGCACCGACGCCCACAGACCCUGGUCCUGCAGUCCCUGGUACGGGGCGAGCCUUAUGCCAGUCACUGGCGUCCAUUGCCCAGACACAGGGGCCCAGAGAACCCUCUGAAGGACCUGGCUUUGCUGGAGGACAUUCAAGAUUUGGACGACAACAACAAUGCACUACAGUAUGAUGAGAGUUACAGGACUGUGGAGGAUGACAUCAGUGAAGAGAGGACUGACUCAAAGAUGGAACAGGAGAAGACUCAAAGACUACUCGACUGGCCUCUUGAGGAAAGAGAUGGAUUUAAUUUCUCAGAGACAGAGGGAGGCAAAAUAAAACUUUCUCUAAUGGAGAGCACUGAGGACAGCCAGGUCACUCCCAGCUCCUCUCUAGCAGUGACAGAUGGAACCAGACCACCUCCCAGUCUAGCAGAACCUUCAUGGAUUCCUUCAGCAUUCAGUUUGCCCAAUGUAAAGGAUGAGGAAGAUCAGUUUAACAUCUCUUUCACGGGCUUGGACCCAACAGCCAUGCCACAGGUGAUAAGUGCAGAUCUGUCCAAACUGAGCCCAGUUAGCAGCUCUCUCCCAUCUCCACCUGACAUGGGAUCCACAACCCCCAGCUCCUCUUCACUUCCAGCAGAAGCCCUGAUUGUGUCUAUUGGAGACGUUGAUGAUAUAACACUGCCUGAGAAUGCUGUAGAACUCACUGCCUCAGUCGAUUCACAGACUGAAACUGAGAACCCUUAUACGUAUGAAUGGAGUUUUGUUAGUGCGCCAAUUGGACAUCCAGGAGUGAUGGAAGGAAAACACAAGAGGACAGUAAAAGUCUCUGAGCUGUCUGCAGGUGUGUAUGUUGUCAAAGUAAGUGUGACAGGAAAGCAGGCCUAUGGGGAAAGUGCUGUAAACUUCACAGUGCAUCCUGAGGUUAGACUGAAUAUGCCACCUAAAUCAGUUGCUCUGCCCAAACACCAGGAUGUAUCUCCAUCUGUUGAUACCAUCAUCUUCAUUAAUGGCAGCCAGAGUUCCGAUGAUUCAGGUAUAGUCAGUUACCUGUGGGAACAGGUGGAUGGACCAUUGUGGAACAGUGAUGGUCCUAUGAACACACCAGUACUCACACUGCAGAACAUCUCCCCUGGAGACUACACAUUCAGGCUGAUGGUGGUGGAUUCUGAGGGUCUAAGUGACUCCACCACUGCCACAGUGAGAGUCAGCAGUCCUAAAGACAAGCCUCCAGUAGCUAUAGCAGGCACUGACCAGGUCAUCAGGCUUCCUCUGAACCACCUGACUUUGUGGGCCAAUCAGAGCACAGAUGAUCAUGCCAUCAGCAGCUUUCUGUGGAGCCUUCAUCCCAGCAGCCCAACCAAAUCAGCAACGAUACAGGGUGUCAGAUCUCCAGCUCUGCAGCUCUCUGACCUCCAGGAGGGUCAGUACACUUUCCAGCUCACUGUCACUGACUCCAGUGGUCAACAGGAUUCAGACACAGUCUCAGUCACUGUGCUUGCUGACAAUAGAGCUCCUGUAGCUGUGGCAGGCCCUGACAGAGAACUGAUUCUUCCGGUGAGCAGCAUCACGCUGAAUGGCAGUGACAGCACUGAUGACCAAGCCAUCACCAGCUACCAGUGGGAAAUCCUUAGUGGUCCUCCUGGAUCAGAGAUAAAGGAUGCCAGCACAGCAGUUGCACUGGUGUCAGGCCUGCGAGCUGGGAGUUACAGGUUUAAGCUGACAGUGCAGGAUGAGCAGGGAGCAUCUGACAGUGCUGUUCUCACAGUUACAGUCAAAGAAGCUGAAAGCCUGCCUCUCAUCGCCCAUGCAAGUGGUAGCCACACACUUACCUUACCUAAUAACUCUCUGGUCCUGAGAGGCUCUGUGUCUAACUGUGGCUCCACAAAUGUGUCCUUCCUGUGGGUCAGAGACGAGCAGAGUCCAGCUGCAGGGGACAUUCUGUUUGGUUCAGAUCAUGAGGCCUCUUUGUACCUGGCCAACCUUGUAGAGGGCACUUACCUGUUCCAGCUGCGAGUCAGUGAUGGUCAGGGUCGCUCCAGCACUGCAAUGGCCACAGUGGAAGUCCGUCCUGAUGUGCGUGAGCGGGAGGAGGUGGAGAUGGAGCUGCAGGUCCCCUUAGCUCAGAUCAGUCAUCAGCAGAAGGAGUCAGUGGUGAGGCAGCUGGCUGCGCUGCUACAUGUGCUGGAUGCAGACAUCACUAUGAAGGGCCUGCAUGGCCAGUCUGAUAUCAGCACCGUUUUUAGGUUCUCAGUGCGGGGUUCUGAUGGGAUGAUUCCUGGCCCAAAACUGGCCCGUCUCCUGAGGUAUCAGCUUCUGAAGGAAAAAACUGAUUAUCUGCUCUUCAAAGUCCUCAGAGUGGACACAGUCAGUGAGUGGCACAGAGCAACACAUUUCCUCCUGUGUACCUCUUUAUCACCCCAAUCUAGUCAUAUCUACACACAGAUAGACUUAUUUUUCCACUGUCAUUUACUGUGGCAAAUCUGUGCAGUGUGUUUGCUGCUCUGUUCUGGACAUGGUCAGUGUGAUCCUGUCACUCGAAGUUGUUCCUGUGAUCCUCUGUGGAUGGAGAACCCCUUUAGACACUUCCUCGAUGAUGAGAGCAACUGUGAUUGGAGUGUGCUGUAUGUCACAGUCUGCUGCGUGGUGGUGAUCAUUUUUCUGGUGUCUUCAAGCUGGGCCUGGUGUAAAAGGAGCAGACGUACAAAAGUAAGAAAGAAAACCAAGUACACAAUACUGGACAAUAUGGAUGAACAGGAGAGAAUGGAAUUACGGCCAAAAUACAACAUCAAGCACAGGAGCACAGAGCACAACUCCAGCCUAAUGAUGUCAGAGUCUGAGAUUGAUAGUGAGCAGGACACUAUCUUCAGUUACGAGAGGAUGGACAGGGCCAGAAACCGAGCUAACGGUGCCAUGAUGAAUGGAGACACGUACAGCCUGCGGCCCGUGGAAGGAUGAGACUUUUCUCUGCUCUGAAGGAAACUGCAUUGCACAAGGCUGCUUUAGAUUCCGUCUGCGAAAUCGUUACAGGUUACAGAGACUGGCUGAAUGUUUUCACGGUUUCUAAAGAGCACAGACGUUUGAAUGUAAAUAGUCUUUGUCAUUAUGCAAAGCCUAUUCUUUGCUGGUUGCAGGCUAAUCUUUAUUUUACUCUUGCCUAAUGUAAUAACAGCUAGUGGGAAAACACCAAAAGCAGUAAAUUAUUUUUUUAGGUAUUUGAUUACAUGGUUUGGCCUAAAAAAGCAUCCCUCUGCUGUCACACUUGAACUACUGAACUAUUCCUCAUGAAAUUACCUUAUUUGAAUAUUACAUGAACUGUACAGUGAUCUUACAUUUGAUGGUUUUAAAGCAAAACAAGAACCCAAGUGGCUCAUGUCAUACACACUGAAUUCUGUUUGUGAGGAAAUUUCACUUUAAAAUUGAAUGUAAUGGUAACUGGUUGGUGGCGAUGGGUCCCAUCACUGUAUGUGUCUGCUGCAGUUCUUAAUGAUGUUGGAUAUGAAUCCAGAUUCAGAUUUGAUCAGUCAAUAGAGAGAUUUAGCUCUUUUGUUUAAGACUGAUGAUUUUGAAAUAAAGUGUACUUGUUGUUGUUUA